AUGGCCUCAGACCUCAAGCACACUCUGCUAGAUAUAGUCGUUGUGCUUUGCGGAACUAUCUGCAUUCCCUGGCCUAUCGUCUGCUUCUGGAACUCUGCAAUUGGCUUAUGUAUCAUCCUGUUCGGCAACGCAGAGCGAUCCGUCUACCCAUAUUUUCGACCUCGAGGACCUCUGUCGAAGCUCAGGUCUACAACAGCGCUCACGAUCUUCAUGCGUAACGAAGAUCCAGGUCCAGUGUUCGACCGCCUCUACGCCAUGUAUGAGAGCCUUCAGCAAACCAAUUGCCUCAAGCACUUUCGCUUUGUGCUACUCAGCGACACCGGCCACGUUGACGUAGUGCGAUCGGAAGAGGAGGUAUUUGCUCAGCAUGCCGUAUCUCUGAGCGAGGGCAUGGCUAAGUCUCUGUUGUAUCGACGCCGUGACAGAAACACCGGUUACAAGGCUGGCAACCUCAAAGACUACCUCGACAACCACUCCAAAGAAGACGACUUCUUCGUUACCCUUGACUCCGACAGCGCUAUGAGCGGCGACUUGCUCGUCCGGCUGGUUUCUAGCAUGGAAGAGAACCCCCUCAUCGGCUUACUGCAGACCAUAGUCAUCGGUAUGCCUGCAUUCAGCGCGUUCACACGGCUCUUCCAGUUUGGCCUGCGUCAUGGGGUGCGAACAUACAACAUGGGCUUCAGCUGGUGGGCUCACGACUGCGCGCUGUAUUGGGGUCACAACGCCAUCAUCCGUACUGAUGCCUUCCACAAGCAUUGCAUGCUGCCGAAGGCUCCCUGGAGAGCCGCCGCUGGGUGUCACGAUCUGCUGGAGGCAAUGUUCAUGCGCCGAGGCGGCUACGAGGUUCGGGUGCUGCCUAUCGAGACGGAAAGCUACGAGACCAAUCCGCCUACCUUUCUCGACUUCUUACGUCGCGAAUUACGCUGGUGUCAGGGGACUAUGCAGUACUGGUUCAUGCUGAGCGAGCCUGGCAUUCAUCCAAUCAGCCGCUUUCAGAUGUGCCAGACUUUGACCACGUACAUUGGCCAGGCUUGCUGCGUUUUGAUGACACUAGCAUGUAUCGCGAAGGAAGUCAUAGGAGAGCCUAGUGUCACUAAAAUGAGCCUCGUCUUUAGUUGGAAUCCGCACCUUGUUCUCACUGCUUUCGGCAUAUUUCCCAAACUUGUCAGUGUCUUUGAGGUGGUGAUAACGUCUUCCAGGCGCUACGGUGGUAGUUUCCGCUGCAUCCUCUCAACUCUUAUGGAGUUGUUCCUGAUGACCUUCAUCGCCCCGAUCACAGCUCUGGCUGUUGCGAUAUUUUUGUGUGGUCUACUUAGAGGCAAGGUCAUCAAAUGGGAUGGACAGAACCGCGAUCGGCUCGGUCUCAGCUGGCGCGACAGCUUCCGUGUUCUGUGGCCACAGACCAUUCUUGGUUUGGCAGUUUUACUCGCUGCUCGAGGGACUGCUGAGCUGGCAUGGGCUGUCCUAUCAGCCGUUGGUUUUUUGUUUGCGAUACCCGUUGCUGUACUCACGGCGUCGCCCCGUUGCGGGAAUGCGAUCCUUUCUAUGCGCCUCUUUGAGAUACCAGGAGAGACUGAACUUCCGCUCUUGUUGUCUAAGCUCAUUCCAUCAGGAUACUCUUAUCUCAAUCAUAUUACGAAGCGUUUGUAA